ACUGGAAAUUAGCUGGAUUAAAACUGAGUUUCAUUGCAUUUUUUUUUAUAGGUAAGAGAAAUAUCAGAACUGUGUCUUUGAGUGAAAUGUUCAGUAUUUUUGUCCAAAAUCUAUAAGCACCAGACUUACUUUAUUACUUAUUUUGUACAUUUAUUUUAUUUUCACAUUAUUUUUAUUUUUUUUGUUUAGUUAUACUUAAAUUUUUAUUAUUUCAUUGUUUCUCUCUCUUUAGGUUAGGUGUAUUCUACACUGUAACAAUAGGAACAUUGCAUCAAUUAACAAAAGUUCUGUAAUUUGUCAUUAUAUAUUUGUUCUCUUUAUUGUAAGAUAGAUGAAAUCAUCUGGUGCCGCUGGUCGUUUGAAACUUUUGAUUGACAGAUUUUACCAAGCCUGCUUUCAGUGGGAGGACUUACAACAAUCUCACUCCUGAUUGGUGAGAGUAGUUGUCAAAGAACGCUGACUCAGACCAAUCACGUCGUCCUGGCUCCAUGUGGUAUCGCUGAAAAAUGGCGACUGAAUUGGGUUCAUUUUGCUGAAGCCAGAAGUAAGGCAUUUUCUAUGGGUGACAUCAUACUGGUUCAGUCCAAUUCUCUUAUACUCUUGAACCUGGAGCUCCAGUGUUUAUGUUUUUUGAUUUAUGUAGCUUUUCAAUGGUUAACACGAUGAACAUAAUUCCCCAAGAUUGGAUUCUGGAAUUACGUUGAUCAUGUUAACCGUUGAAAAGUUAUAGUAUGUUAAAGAUUUUGUUUUUAAGUGUCACCAGUGACACUCGGGUGUUAAAGGGGUAAUGAGUGAAAGAGAACUGCUGUCAAGAGGCAAUGGAAUUAUUUUAUAUAAAAAAUCUUUUUUAAAUAACUAAUAAAAAUAAAAUAAAUAAAAAAUAUAAGAAUGAAGCCUCUACAUAUAUUACAGUAUUUUACAUUUUUGCUAACGACCUAAAACCGGAACUGGACUUUCGAAACCGGAAGUUGUUGGAAAAUGCCAUAAUUUACAAAAUAAAAGCAUUGAUUUUGCAGUCUAAGGUUCGUUGGUGAAGGAGCAGAUUCACCGGAAGUCAUCCAUGACCUGCACGAGCUUGAUGUUGGCCAAAACUUUCUGCCCUCCCCCGUUUCCUCUGAUCCCGAGCUUCCUUUUCCACCAUCCAUUUGUUGUUCAUGCUGGAGCCGCGAUGCGGAGUCCUCGGGAAUGUCACCGGAUCCGCGGAGUUGACGCGCGGCUAGCCUAGUGCUCAAACGGACGCAGACAGAGGAGGGUUCCGAGGAUGGAGACCGUCGAGCAGCUGGUGUCCUUUCUCCACAUUCAGGUCCAGUUGAGCGGGGGCGCACCCUGGGGGUUCACGCUGAAAGGAGGGCUCGAGCACGGCGAGCCGCUUAUCAUCAUCAAAAUGGAGGAUGACGGAAAGGCUGCUCAGUGCAAAAAGCUGAAAGUUGGCGAUGAGCUCAUCAACAUAAAUGGAUCCGCCCUCUACGGCAGCCGGCAGGAGGCCCUCAUCCUCAUCAAGGGAUCGUACAGGAUACUGAACCUCACAGUAAGAAGGCGCAGCGUUCCUUUCAUCAGGCCUCACUCCUGGCACCUGGCAAAGCUACCGGAGCCCCCUCUCCCUCUGCCACCCCCCAGUCCAGCCACGCCGCCCUGCAUCCCAAAUGCAGAUUCCCCUCCCCUCAUUCUUCCUCCCUCUUCAUCUGCCAUGCAUCCUCACCCCGGCCCCUACACACUCCCUCGGCACCAAACUGACCACAGUGAUUUGCCUAUACAGUGGGCUCUGCUGUCCAGACCAAACUCCUCCACAGACAGAGGCAGCUCUCUGGGCUCUAUAGAGAGCUUGGACACACCAACACUUCCUCAACAGUCAUAUUCUAAUUCCUUGACUCCACCUGCUGACUCCACCCUAUUCAGCAACAAACGGGACUCUGCCUAUAGCUCCUUCUCCGCCAGCUCAAACAUGUCUGACUAUGCCACUGUACCACUAAAGCCUGGUGAAGCCAAUUCCAUGAGUAAUCUGCUUCAGAGCUUUGAGCCCACUUAUCAAGACUACCCUUGUGAUACCUUACCCCUCGGGAGAACAUCUGGCAAUAGCCUAACUGAGGCAAACCUGACUGUUCAGAAGUCCAGGUCUUUGACCAGGCCGAGACCGAGGCCUAGUGAAGUAAAAGAGAGGCCUUUUUCCUGCCUUUGUGAGAAGCAGCUGAGGGGUCUGGAUUUAGACAUUUUACAAAACGAAGAAGCUGUAGCUGAUAAAAAGAUAACCCCUCCUCAGCCCCCAACCAGAAAGGACAGUUUUAGGGCAACUCAAAGUCACCCUGCUGUCAGCAAACAAUGCACUUCUGCUCUUACUGAAAAUGACUGUGUGUCACACGAGGGGGAAAGUAUCUCAAGGAUUCAAAGCAUUCCAGUUUUAGAAGAUGAUAAAAAUGAGUGUUUUAAAGACGGGACUGUGAACUCUGAUUUUAUCCAGACACAUACACAUAACUGUAAAGACGUAAGAUGUAACUGUUUCAAUGAUUCUGAGACAGACAGCAAUGCAGAUCUCCGCUUGGAAGCUUUUUCACCCUCCAAAGAACCAGUUAUCAUCUCUGGCUCCACUUCUUUAUCAUCCAACUUGGAAGGUCCUGAGCAGUUGGUUGUCAUCCACCACCAGACAAAGAAGUCUUCUACCUUACUCCACAGACACAGCGCCCCUGGGAAACUUCUGGCAACACAACUUCAGUUACUGGAGCUUAACACCAACAGCUGUUCUUUAGGGCCCCAAAACUCAUCAGACAUUUUUGAAUACUCAUCAUCUCUCUGUGCUACCCAGCAAUUCAAUUCAUCACUACCCCACCCAAAAACAGAGGACAAGGAAACAUUUCAUAGCAGUCCUCCAAAAUCAGAACAAGUAGGAAGUAGCCAAUGUUCAAGCCCAGAUUCUUUGUUCUUGGAAGAAGAUUCCAAGAAUUUAAGUGAGAGGCUUGUGAAUGUCAGUGCAAGUUCUCUUCCACUUCAGAUGCCUUUGAACCGUUCUGUCAGUGUACCAAAUGAGCCCACUAGAUCAUUAACUCAGGAAAGUCUAAGCUCUCUCUCUCUAGAAAAGAGUAAUUUUCUUCCCAUUGGUGCUGCUUCCAGUGUGGAUAAUUUAGAAAAGGAGACAGUGGAAGCAGACAUGAGAAGGACUAGUGGAAAAAAAGACAGCAAUAGAGCAGAAUGUAUGAACAAGUCGGACUCGCUAAGGGCCAGUCGACAAAAUCGUCGGCGGAGUGAGCGAUUUGCUACCAACCUCCGCAAUGAGAUCCAGAGAAAGAAGGCUCAGCUUCAACAUGGAUCAGAUAGGUUGCCGUGUGGUGGAGAAACUGUCCACGAAGAGGGUUCAGAACUUAAUGAGGACGGGGAAGACCCAAAGGUUUCUGUCAAAAGGAAAAGCAGUAAAGGAACACUUGUCUCACCUCAAAUUUCUCAAGAUUUCCAAACCUCAGCUGCGGCCAAGGAGUCAGACAUGUCAAGUGGAUCACGAUGUGAUGUUUUACAAAUUCAGUCGACAACCUGUUCUCAGAACAACAACCCAACCAGGCCGAUCCAGAAUGCAGACCCAGAUGCACGUAGGUUCGGCGUUGGCAUCAGAGUUGUAGAAGAAAUAGCCCCUGUGGGGAAGGCCCGUCGCUGGCGUUGGACUCCUGAGCACAAACUACAGCCACAAACAGAAGGAGAUCGACAGUGUGGAGUCCUGGGUGGGAGGGUUUUAGGGGUAACAGGGUCCAAUCAUGGAGUGUGUGGGUUCACCUCUUCAUUUACCCCUUACUGUAGUGGCUCCCCUUCAUAUUUUCAAAUGCAGGAAUCAGACAUCCUUCCAUUUGCUGACAGGAUGAAAUUUUUUGAGGAGACAAGCAAAGGCGCGACUAUGCCCAAUGUCUCAAAUAUGUCAAUCCACAGACAGAAAAAGCACAUGCACCAUUCAGGAGAGCUCAGUCAGCAUCCAAAACAAAGGAAGUUCUCUUAUCAGGGAGAACCUUUACAAGAAAGUGUCCAACCUCAAAACAAUAUGGAGUUCAGGAGACAGUCGGUGAGUGCCAUGAUGGAGAGACAAAUCGAGAUGGAGAGGGAACAAGUAAAAUCAAGAGAAAGGGAAUUAAAAUUGAGGGAGAAAUAUGAAAGGGAUUUACAAAAAGACACUGGGAGGCAUAAGGAGACUGAGCAAGAAAAGGAACAAGAGGAGUGGCAAAGGCAAAGAGCAAGGAUAAAACAGAUCGAGCUUGGAAAGGAAAAAGAGCAAUCGCAUAUCAAGACAAGAGGGAAUGGACUUGAAGGAGAAAGAUUCAUGGAGAAAGAUGAAGAUUAUCCGCUUGUCUCGUGUCAAGAGUGUUGCACUAACUUUGCCAUGGCAGAAAGAAACAAAGCCUUCCUACAAAUCCAUAACCAUCCCAGCUUUCAUGCCAAUCAACAGGCUUUCCCCUGCUGUCACUCCCAGAAUCAAGUGUUUCGAUCAGCCUUUCAUCUCGUCAGCCCCCCGGACCACCCAGUAGAAUCUCAGCAACCCUUUAGUCAGAAGUGCAGAACAAGGAGCUACACGCCCACAGAGAUGUACCACUCCAAACAACUGGGGGCUAGCAAGCUCAGCAGGAAUUACAGCCUGAGUGAGAGAAAUUACCAAAGUUGGAGUGAGCAGUUCAAACCGCCGCAGAGAUUUGAUCAGAGUCGCUGCCACGUCCUGCCGGCUCAGAGCGGCCCAGACAAUUCCCACACCUUCACGCCUCCUUCCUUUCUCCGAGGGCGCGCCAUGUCCGAAAACGACCUGAGCUUUGACCCCAGCAAGCACUGGUCUCCGCAGAUCUCUGCUGCCACCAGCCAGGUCCUGACGGAGGUGGAGGAAGGGGCGGCGAGAACUACCCAGCAGAUCAGGAAGAAGACGCCCCCUCCCCCCAGACCACCGCCUCCGAAGUGGGAACAGUAUUACCAGCGGCGGGCGUCUCACCACGCGCUGCUGUCCUGCGCCGCCGCUCGCCUUUCAAACCCCCACCCGUUUGACAAUGCAGAGGGAAGCUGUUUACCCCCCUCCUUCGCCUGCAACCCUCCACCUGAAACGUCCCGGCAGAGAUCCUACAGUCUUCCUGUAGAGAGACAGGAAGUGUCAGAGGGUUAUCAGCCAUGCAGGUGCAACCAUCCCAAACCGCCGGAACACGGAUACGGUCCUGUGCAGUCCUACCAGAAUGAAACCACCUAUCAAAGCUCCUGCUACCCACUGCCUCAGCCCGAGCAGCUCUUCAGACCUGUGGCUGUGCCCCACACGGAGAGGAUGAACGAUGUGAGGGUGAGGACCCCGGCAUCUGUACCGACGCCUCCACCGCCUACAGAAUCUGGUGCCAGCAGUUCAUCUUCCAAUGCUGUGCUCCACAAUCAAGACAGAGUAAAACUGGAAAAACCAAAGUUAAGCACGAGACCUGGGUCUGAUCAGGGGAGAACCCCAUCCCCUAAAGGACACAGCAACCCACCACCCCCUACAGACCCGUUUCCUCCUGAAUCUAGCCUCAACCAAACCAGCACCGAGCAGCAAAAGCAGCUGUUUGUCAGUAAAAGCUUCCCGGUCCAAGAGCAGCGUACUCUUUCCAAGUCGGUGCCAGAACCAGAACUUGAUCACAGCCCAAGCCCUGCUUGCAGCUUGGAGAGUGACCUGAAUGUUCCUAUGGAAACGGACAUCGAUGACUUUCCAGAAGAGGAGGAGCCCCCAAAGGAGGACGGAAUGCUCACCAGUGAGCUUCCAUGCUUUGCACUACCAGUCACAGUCCUGGAGACGGACAUCGACACCCUGCUGCUGGAUCCUGCAUGCAGCGUGCAGUCAGGAAGCUGCACCGCAGAGGAGGACGUGGAACCUGGUGAGAGCGGCCGAGACGGGCUGAGCCUGAAGGAGCUCCUCCUGCAGAGCAGGGAGGCGGAUUCAAGCAUGGAGUCUGGCAAAGGGCACUUCCAAGCUGAGGGGGGAGACACCAACAGCCUGGAAAGGAGGUCCGGUGCGAGCUCCAGUUCAUCCUUCUACAGCACAUCAGGAUCCACAGACCAGCUGUUCUCACAGAUGAAGGACUUCACUGACAACAAAGACUGGGAGGAAGACAACGAGUUAAGCUACAAGAGACAGCUGCUGCAGAGCCUUCGCAAGAAACUGGGAGUGCUGAGAGAGGCUCAGAGAGGCCUGCAGGAGGACAUCAGAGCCAACUCACAGCUGGGAGAGGAGGUGGAGAACAUGGUGGUGUCUGUGUGCAAACCCAACGAGGUGGAGAAGUUCCACAUGUUCAUCGGGGAUCUGGACAAAGUGCUCAGUCUGCUGCUGUCCCUGUCGGGCCGGCUGCUGAAGGUGGAGGCUCUGAUGGAUUCUCUGGACCCGGACACGGACCACCAUGAGAGGCUCCCCCUGCUGGAGAAGAAGCGUCAGCUGACGCGGCAGCUGUCGGAGGCUCAGGACCUGAAGGAGCACAUCGACCGCAGAGAGCAGGCCGUGAGCCGGGUUCUGGGCCGCUGUCUCACCGCGGAGCAGCAUAAAGACUACAGCCACUUUGUGAAGAUGAAAGCCGCUCUGCUGGUGGAGCAAAGGCAACUGGAGGACAAGAUCCGACUGGGAGAGGAGCAGCUGAGGGGGCUGAGGGAGAGCCUGGGGCUGGGUUUGGGAAUGGCUAAGGGAAUAACGAUGGGAUUCAGACAUUACUGACCAAAAAACAAAAAAAACUAACAACAUGAAGGAAAACGGUGAAACCUAAAGCCAUAAUAUGAAGCUUCCAGCCCAUGGAUGGAUGUAAACCUCUGAUGCUAACGCCUCGAGAAAUGAAGUUCUUUGAAGAAAAUUUCUGAUCAGAAACUCAGAAAAAAGCUUUAAUAGAUGCAAAUAAAACCAAAAACAAAAGCCUAGCACAUGACUGUACUGCUGUACUCACAUUAGAAGUUCUCCUAACAAGAACACAGUUUGUCAGCAGAGAUUUUACGUGAUGUUUGUCACUCAGGUUGUUUUCCUUCUGUUGCAUUUCACUGUUCGUGCUUCCGUCCCUCAUUUCAUUCCAAAGAGUUGUUCUGUAUAAAGUCUGAAAAUAGUGCUUUUGAAGUUUGAAUUGUCUGCACUUUGUUGUAAGAGAUGAAUAGGAAGGCCGGAUUUUACCAUACGAGUUUGUUUGCUGGUAAAGCACUGAAUUGAUGCUGAAAUCCACCACGUUUCUCACCGACUCUGUACUAUUUAUGCUGAAAAAUGUGUUUAUUUAUUCAAGCACAUCAAUCCUGCUACAAGGGUCAAGUCAACAGUUAAAAAAA